GGAAUUUAAUAUUCGAAAAAGAUUCAUCACAUCAAUCAAAAACUGUAUUCCUAAAAUGAUUUCCUUCGAUUCCAUUCCAUUUGCGAUAUAUAAAUAAAAAUUACAUUUUUAUGAAUUGCAACAGUCUAUAUCUUUUCAACCUGGUUAAAUAGAAAAAAUGGUAAAGGAAAAAAGCGUUUCCUUUGACCUCAGGAAUCUUUGGUAGAAAUAUAUGUUCAAGUCAAAGACUCACCCUGUAAAAAAUAGCAGUUCUAAGCUUCGUGAAUAAUUUUGUGACAUUUGCGGCUUCGAAACCAUACAAAAUUCAAACAGAAUUACAAAAAAAAAAAUUAGAAGGAACCAAAGUGCAGACAGAUGCACUAUUGGUGUUAAAAUUAUAUGGUCUCCACUCCAUGGGUGCAAUUGACUCAUGAAUGAAAAAAAAAGUUAAAAAUCUCCUAACUUUACGUCACUGCUCUCCUCAUUUUGUUCACUUCGACAUGAAUUAAGCAUCAAUUUGCUAGGAAAUAAACAUAUAUGAUAAGCUUCUGAAAACGUUUCUCCCUUUCUUCAACGAUAAUGACGAUUUAAACUCGAGUAGAUAAAUCAAAACACAAAAAGAGGUAUUGUUGAGUUGAUUCUAAUUUUCAAAGGGUCUCUACAUUCGCCUAAAAUAUGCGAUUUCCUCAAGCGAAAUUGUUGGUUAUUGGUUAGUUAAAGGAAAUGAAGUAGCUUAGUGUGAAGGUGAAUGUAAAAUAGUACGUAAUCAUUUUGGAGGAAGUUUUUCCUUCGACUUGAACAAUGAGACUUGGGAAACAUUUGAUAAUAAACAAGAUGGAAUUACUUCCCAUACAGUAAGUACGUCGAUAGCUCUGUUGAAGCCGUUCUCGGAAAGUCUGCUCCUAUUAAGAGGGAAUAUGGAAUAUUCAGCGCAUUCUGAUUUGGCUCCAUCUGAUUUCUUUUGUGUGGUUUAUUGUAAUUUAUCUUUAUAGCUCAACUAAAAUUUUUGAAGAAAUUAACAAUAUUAAUAAUUUCUGAUGCAUAAAAUGGUUUGUAUUUAUUGCUUUGAAAAAAUUAACUUAUGCACCCUGUACUCUUCUCGAGCUAUCAAAUCCACAUUUAGAGACCUUUUAAUUGAAAAUAAAUUCACCUCUAUGCACAACUAUGACAUAUAAUCAUUGUUCUCAAUCACCUUGACAAACAAACUAGCAAAUUUAUAUGAAACCAUGACAGUUUUCACGCCACAAUUUAAAAAAAAUUAAAUAAUUCGAAAUGGAUACCAGAAGAUCAGAAUCGAAAGCUAAAGGAAGUUUUAUACAUGGAAACCGUUUAGCCAGUUUCGGUGGCACCUAUGUGGAUAAGACAAUUCCAAAUUUGUCCAAGAAAGAUGUGAUCGUUUUAACUCCAAAGCAUGUACCUGAUCUUCAGGAACUGAUAACACCAGAAGCGACUUUAGUGUUCGGUAGUGUUGAUGUCUACGAAGUUCUAUACAACGCCUUUCUUUCUCUGGGUGUGUUGAGCCCAGAAGGUGAAUUAGUUGGAGCUGCGUGUUUUUUGAACUAUCCUAAUAUAAACGCUGUACCACCUUGGUGUUGGCUGCAGUGGAUGCGCAACCUAUUCGGUUGUGAGAGCGUUACUCAACGAAAUAGUAUUUGGAUUCAGUUAUUGCUCUGGAAACCGAAGUUUGCAUCUGUAUUUUUGAAGCCAAUACUCCAAUAUUUUUUUAGCAAGCAGAAAUACAAAGCCUAUGUCUUAGUUGCAAUACCACCUGGUGUGAAGUCAAUAAAUUUUUUGGGCGAUAAUGCAUCGAGAAUUCUCCCUAGAGGUUAUGUCAAUCCAAGCACCUCUACCACGCUUGGUCUAAUGGCACGACAAUACUACAUGGUCAACUACAAGAUAAGAAAGGCAGUAGAGGAAGAUAACGAUGAUUUAAUUCCCUUGAUAGCGAGGUUCUCGCCAAGACUUCAUGAGCUAUACGGCAACUACUACAUAGCGGAGCUCUUGACGAGGUUUCCGAAUUCAACCCGCAGCAUAAUUGUUGCCGAAUAUGAGGGUUAUGCUGUAGCAGUGAUCAUCAUGAACGAAGUGGUGAACUACGAAAUCCUCAAUGAGAACUUUGAGCUUGUAUGUUUUCACGGUUUGAGAAAACCGCAUGAAAGAGAUUCAUUGGGAUAUCCACAACUGGAUGAAAUUGAACUCAAGGACACGCUUGACCAGAAGAUCGCGACGCUCCCUCGGAUAAAUCAGACCAAACCCUGGAGACUUCCAACUCCGGACGAGGAUGAGAACAGAGAUAUAGAUGAAAACUGGGUACUGUCUGACUCCGCUUAUAAUAUGCUCCCGAUUAUACUCGACGAAGAGAGUGACUUUCAUGGCGAUCCCAGAUUCGAAAUGGCGUCAGUGCCAACAGUUCCAGAAGAACCAGAUGAAGAAGUCUGUUCAGCAUUGUCGUCAGCGCUGAUUUUCGAUGAAUACGAAAGUCACUUGUUCACGGAAUCCUUGAGGGAAAGCAAGAGCGUAUCGUCAACAAACAAGCUAGACACUCAUAUAUUCCGACAAUUGGAACGGCCAGUGUCUCAACCUAUUCCAAACUUUUAUGGUCAGAAAAAUGCCUUCGUUUUAGAGGUCGUAGCAGCAAAAGAAGGCCACGACGAGGCUCUCGAGCUGUUGAUAGAAGCAUCCUUUGAGAGCUUUCCCGAAAGAAACUACUGUUGUAUCUGCAUCCCAACUACUCAUCCUCCUGUGGGCUUCCUAGAGAGAUUUGUCAGGGUUCCACCCAGGGGUGACGGUAAGUUUCCACAUGAGCUCUUCGUGCUGCAUCGGAACGCUGUCCAACCAGAGAUUCAUAUCCGGAUGGCCAUCCAGGAGGAUAAGCCCUACAUAAGUGAUUUUCUGCUGCAAAUGCACAAUGUCAGCACAGUGAUAGAACAAGUGAAGUUCGCAUUGAGCACCGAUCCAAAAAAUGAUAACAGCAGCAAUCUAUGCUUCUUAAUGAUUGCGUACCAGCAGAUUGUGGGCCUCGCUAUCCUCAGCGAAAGCAUCGAGUUAGAUUACAUUAUGUCCCACUACACUAUGUACAGGUGGGUUGACGAAAGAUCUCAAGAGAAGGGCAGUUAUGCUGUAAUUGAAAACCUACUUAUUUAUCCCGUCUUUCAAAAUUUCUCCACAUUCUUUUUAACGCAGAUGCAUGCGUUGGCUGACUAUUCUGUGAUUUUUUAUGUUAUCACUCCUGAGGACAUGUCCGCUGAGCGGCAGAGACCCAUUUGCAAUAUAAUACAACAGUUCAUACCAAUUACUCCAAGGAUGGUACAGGAUUAUUCUCCGAAGUAUUUAAAAGGUGAUCUCAUGCCAGCGGAACAUAUUACAAAACUCGAUACACCAUUCUCCCUUUUCCUUUCGAUGACAAGACUGUCAAGUAUAUCAAGAAUAGAGAUAAAUGCAAGAAUCGUUGUUGUAGGAUCUGGAGACACAGCAUCUUCGUUUCUCGAAACAUUGAUCUGUACUUCUUCGCCGGAUCUUUUAGUGACAUUUACCAGCGUUGUCGUCGUAUCGCCGCAUGGAUUAGCCCACCAGAAAGAACCCAACAGAGCCAGGGACACUUUCUUUAUACAUAGGGGCCACUUUAGCCAUCGCUAUAUGCACUUGACUUCUUUAAGAGCUCAUCUGAAUUUCACACCUAGCAUUAUAUCCGAAAUAAAGAGGCAAGAUAAGCAGGUUAUUAUGAGCGACGGCACCUUUUUACCUUAUGACAUUCUUGUACUCUUGGUUGGGGAACAGUACCAGGCACCUACCCUCAAAAAAGGAGGAUACAGCGAUAUACCCGCUAAUGUUUUCAUCAUUAAUACUGACACUGAUGCCACUUAUGCCUUGAAGAAGCUCGCGGAAAUAAUGAUUAAUGAUAUCAAUCCUGAAGGUAAGGUUAUAGUUUAUGGUCAUGAUUUAAGGAGUCAUUGCGCCCUAGCAGCGCUUAUCGAAUAUGGGAUUCCAAGAGAGCUGAUAGUAUUCGUUAAUCCCAUAAGCAGAACAUUCGAUGUUGAGAAUCUAAUCUCCUAUGAUAAUUUGAUUUACGACGAUCCUGAUAUCGAAAUAGCCAUUGUUAGAAUACUGCAGAAGGAAGGAAUUGCACUAUAUCAGGGUUUCUUCAAUGACUGGGACCUCAAUGUUCAAACGAACUAUGUGAAACUAGUCAAAUUUGAGUGCGCUCAGAGGAUGCUGACACUGCAAUGCAAGUGCAUAUUUCUUUUCACCCAAAAGUAUAUUAGUAGGAAGACUUUUCAAGCAAUUGUGAAUUCAGGUCUUGUCUUUGAUGGAAGAUUGGUAAUUGAUUCCAAUUUUCGUACAAAUGAUCCGAACAUUUAUGCUGCUGGUCCUGUGACGAAGUACUCAAGGAAAUAUCACGCAGAUCAUUUAUCUCAUCUUUAUUACAAUUCAGAAGAAGUUGGGGAGAAAAUUGGCCUGCACAUAAGGAAUAUGCUUAUACCAGAGGCAUACAAACCUAGGAGGCAAGAAAAACCAGACAAAUAUCCAAUUAAAUCAAUUAAACAGAAAGAUGCCUUGCCCACGUUCACAAAACCAAUAGUAAAAGUAUGCACUGUAGUUGGCAGGUUGAAUUAUUGCCACAUAACCAAACCAGGAAAACAAAUACCUGCAGAGCUAGAAGUUACAAGAGCUGAUUUCGGUCAACUCUAUGUAACUGGAGAUCUCGACAACCUCAAUAGACAAGGUUACUUCAGAAUCCACAUCAACGAAUUCAAAGUGGUUGAGACGAUCACCUGUCUAACGAAAGAUGAAAUAUAUGUGAACAGCCUUCUGCAGAUAUGGGGCAAGCAUGUUAAGAUGUUGAACAAUCUGCAGCUAAGAUUCGAGCUCAUGAUGGUACCGGAUCUCUUAGAGUUCUUCAAAGAACCCUGGACUUGUGCUAUCUAUUACGAUAGGUUUAAAGAAGUCAGGGAAAAGAUUUACGAGACGAUCGUAGAGACUGAGGUGGAAAAUGGAAAAUCUCUUGCUGAUAUGACUCAUGCACAUCUCAUUAAGAAUAAUUGGAAACAUUUGAAGAAAGAACAAAAAUUGCAGAUAUUAAGGCUGUUCAACGAAUCAAACCUUCGUGACAAAAUAGAGGAUGAGAUUGUAGAAUAUAUAGCAGCUAACACGAUAGAACUCCCGAUGUACGCCCAUCCAAAUCUCAUCAGAAAUAUAUUGCACGAUUACGAGAAAAGUCCAAUGUUUUCAGAAUGAUUUUAGCAAAUAUAAAAAAUGCAUUGUAUGUACCUUUACAUGUAUGAUUUUAUGCUUAAACUAUUUUGUGCCAAUUAAAAUUCAAUCUGGAUAAA